AUGGCACCUGCACAAGUCGCGAGCAGACGGGAUUUCGCAAGGCGCGGUGUGCGGGAUGAGGACUUGCCUACUAUCGUGGCCAAGAACGACAUACACGAAGGUUUGAAAUCCUUGGAUUUCUCCAGGAGUCGCCUUACCGCUGCGGGCUUGGAAUGCUUGCUGGCAGCCUGCUCCUUUAAGAGUUUGCGAGUUGUGAAGCUGUACAAAAAUGCGCUGGCAGAUGAUGCGGCGGUCUCCUUGACGGCGCUUUGUCACAAGAGUCCGGGACUGAUAGAAAUGCAUCUCUCCCACAACUGGUUCACAUCGCGGGGAGCGAAGGCCAUUGUCGAUGCGGCUCUGUCGGCUGAGAAACUGCAGGGGCUACCGCCGCUUUGGCUGCGGCUGGAGCGCAACAAGGUGGAAGAUCCGAAAGCGCUCCUGGAGGUCUGGGACAACGAGCGCCGGUCCAUCUGCAGAGUCACAGACAACUGUCGGCGGGCGUCCUGUUCUUUGGGCCUGCGCGUGCACCUCCCACAUUUUACGGCGCAAGAGGCUGCAGAGGUGCCGAUGCAAAGGUUCCAUCGGCAAGACAAGGCCGAGAGGUACUCCAUCUCCGACACGAAACCUCUGCGGCAUCUCAAGCGCAGACCUCCAGAGUCAUGGAAGGUUCUGCCGCUCCGCUGCGGGACCUCGGCCUUUGGAAGAGCUCCAAGUGUCACUCGAGUGAGCAGGGGCCGCUCUUCCGAAGAGAACAUUGAGACAAUGCAGCAGGAUGUGCAGAAUUGCUUCAUGGUGAGCCGGAGCAAAGUUGUGCCCCUCUCGGAGCACCAAGCGGAGCACCAGGAGCCGGUGGAUGCACUGGCGGAUGGCGCAGGGAACCUCAGCAGCGCCGCUCUCUGGCUAUCCUGCCCAAGAAAUGCGAGUAUGCAGCGGGCAGGUCCAGAAGACUGUGCCGAAAUGGACGACGGGCUGAAGCAUCGAGUGCUCGACAUCGCUGCUGCCUGGGAAGUCGAAGUCCGACGCGACCAGCUUGCACAGCUGGCAGAGGUGGGAAAGCCUGAUUCCGAUGCCGAAAGCACCGAGGAUCCGGAUGCAAGCCAGUACGAUGACAACAGAACGCUGGUCUGGCCGCGACUUCGCAUGGAUGACUGCACUAGAGCGCAGAUCAUAAACAUGGUCGAAGAGCCAGAGAUAGACUUCGAUUCUGAGGAAAGCGAGUGGGAUGAGCCACCGGACUCAGACGCCGAAGGCAUGGACAUGGUGGAGGGCAAGGGCGAUGAGGCCAUCGCAGACCAAUCGGUCGUGGCAGCGGCUAUGGAUGCACAGGAGCCACGGGUGGUUUACAGUGGAGAUGGAUUCUUCGUGUUGUUCAAGCCGCCCAAGUGCGUUUGUGAACCGCCAAAUACGACGAUCGGCGUCGCCCGAUACGUGCAUCAGAUGGGCAUUGAAGACACUGAUCACGCAAUUUGCCAUCGGCUGGAUCUUCCGACGAGUGGCUUGCUCCUUGUGGGCUCGGAUCCAGAUGUGUUGGAUGAUCUGCUUCGGCAGCGCAAUGCACGCAGCUGGUGUAAGAACUAUGUCUGCCUGAUGCACGGGUGGCUGCCAUCCAGCCAGGUGGAAGGCACUCUUCAGUCCAAGCUUCGAACAGAGCGAGAGGGUCAAGGAUACAGGACGUUUGUGGAUCCUGAAUGGGGUUUCAGCGCCAUCACACACUAUGCCGCACUGCGGCAUUACAGGUGUCGCAGAAGUGGGAGGCCGUUUACUCUCAUGAUGCUCCGCAUCAUCACAGGUCGCACCCAUCAGAUUCGUGUCCACAUUGCCGAACUUGGCACGACAGCCGGGCUGAAAACAGCUGGCAUUGCUGGGGAUGCCAAGUAUCUCGACUCUUCCACGUUUGCUGGCGACGUCGCCCUUUUCCAGCGUGCAUCAAAGGGGCUCGCAAAGGUCAUUGAGCCAAGACUAUGCUUGCACGCAUGUUCUUUGGGCUUCAGAACUUCCCAAAGCAGAUCGUAUCUGACUGUAAAAUGUGGCCUUCCCUCGGACAUGGCUGCCAUCAUCAACAAUGAGCUGGUUGAAGAGGGAAAGCGUGCGAACGGCUGUGGAUCUCUAGCCGAGAGCGGCUCCUGGAUCCUCAGGGAACUAAAAGCUGCAGCGGCAAAGGCCUACUGGGUCAGAUGUUGCUCCACAGUCCGCAUGCCAUGGCCAUGUUAG